AUACUUCAGUUACAGGAAAGUCACGAUCGUGUUCGACUCGAAGAAGAGAAAAAAAGUAAAGCGAGCGACAGAGACGCCCGCUUGAUCGCCGGCGUUCUGUUUCUCUCCGGCCGAGUCUUUCACCCAAUUGCAGAAAACUUAUGGUGAGUGAAUAAUCGUUGAGACAAUCUAAAGUUGAGGAAUUGGAGGGAUUCGGAAAAAAGCCAGACAAGAGUUCAACAAAGCUUGUGCAAUCAUCUUCUAUGGAACAAACGGAUCCUCUCUCCAUUUCUCAAUUGAAAUUAUCUUCAGACGCUCCAGGAUCUCCUUUGCCACAGGCCAAUAUGGCAGGGGAGCUUUCAAAGAGUCAUAUGCACUCUCUUUCUCCUAAAGACGGUCUCCCUCCCAAAGUGGAAGGGAGCAAAGAAACUUGGGAAGAGUCUUUUGACGUAGAGAAUGAUUACUCCAUUGAGGGUAAUGGACAUUCAGAUUCAACAAACUUCGAUGCUGAUCUAAGUGAGUACAAGAAAAAGGCAACGAUCAUCAUCGAGGAAUACUUUAGCACCAACGAUGUUGUAUCAGUUGUUAAUGAGCUCAAGGAGCUUGGAAUGGCUGAGUACCGUUACUACUUCGUCAAGAAGCUAGUCUCCAUGGCCAUGGACAGGAACGACAAGGAGAAAGAAAUGGCUGCUUUUCUCUUGUCUACCCUUUACGCCGAUGUCAUUGACCCUCCAGAAGUUUACAGAGGUUUCAAUAAACUUGUGUCUUCAGCUGAUGAUCUCUCAGUAGAUAUCCCUGAUGCUGUUGACGUUCUUGCUGUCUUUGUGGCUCGUGCUAUUGUCGACGACAUCCUCCCUCCUGCGUUUCUGAAGAAGCAGAUGAAUCUGUUGCCUGAGGACUCAAAGGGUGUGGAUGUGUUGAAGAAGGCUGAGAAGAGUUAUCUAGCGGCUCCGCUUCAUGCAGAGAUUGUUGAGAAGAGAUGGGGAGGUGCUGAUAACUGGACAGCUGAGGAUGUGAAAGGAAGGAUCAACGACUUGUUGAAAGAGUAUGUGAUGAGUGGAGACAAGAAGGAAGCUUUUAGAUGCAUCAAAGCAUUGAAAGUUCCUUUCUUUCACCACGAGAUUGUUAAAAGAGCAUUAAUUAUGGCUAUGGAGAGGCAAAAGGCGCAAGUAAAGCUGCUUGAUUUGUUAAAGGAAGCUGUUGAGGUUGGACUCAUAAACACCACCCAAGUGACAAAAGGGUUCAGUAGAAUCAUUGAUUCAGUUGAAGAUUUGUCUCUUGACAUUCCAGAGGCACGCGGUGUGUUACAGUCUUUCAUCUCCAGAGCUGCUUCUGAAGGAUGGUUAUGUGCUUCUUCUCUGAAAUCAAUCUCUGCUGGUGAGAAGUUACUUGAAAACUCCAGCGCUAAUGUGUUUAAAGACAAGGCUAAGUCGAUUGUCCGAGAGUACUUCCUGUCAGGUGACACUUCAGAGGUUGUACAUUGUCUUGAAACCGAGCCGAGUGCAUCUUCAAGUCAGCUACGUGCAAUCUUUGUCAAGUAUCUGAUAACUUUAGCAAUGGACAGAAAGAAAAGAGAGAAAGAGAUGGCUUGUGUCCUCGUCUGUUCUCUUGGCUUCCCUGCCAAAGAUGUCAGAAACGCAUUCUUCAUGCUCAUAGAAUCUGCAGACGACACUGCUCUGGACAACCCAGUGGUUGUUGAAGACCUUGCCAUGUUCUUAGCCAGAGCUGUGGUUGACGAGGUGUUAGCUCCACGGGACUUAGAAGAAUUGUUGAGCCAGACUCCCGAGCCAGGCUCAAAUGUGGGAGGGAAAGUGAUUCAAACUGCGAAGACGUUACUGGAAGCGCGUCUCUCCGGUGAAAGGAUCUUACGUUGCUGGGGAGGAGGAGGAAUAGAGACAAAAUCGCCAGGGUGCACUGCGAGCGAAGUGAAAGAGAAGAUUCAGAUUCUUCUUGAAGAGUACGUCUCUGGUGGAGACCUGAAGGAAGCUUGUAGGUGUGUGAAGGAGCUGGGAAUGCCGUUUUUCCACCACGAGGUUGUGAAGAAGUCAGUGGUGAGAAUCAUAGAAGAGAAAGAGAAGAAGGAACGAGUGUGGAAGCUACUAAAAGUGUGUUUCGAUUCAGGGCUAGUGACGAUUUAUCAGAUGACAAAAGGGUUUAAAAGAGUGGGUGAGUGUAUUGAGGAUCUGUCUUUGGAUGUUCCUGAUGCUGCGGAGAAGUUUUCAAGCUGUGUUGAGAGAGCCAAGCUUGAAGGGUUCUUGGACGAGUCAUUUGCUUCUGAGGAAACAAAUGGUAAGAAGGAGAACGGCUCGGCUUUGUCUGCAUUAACCUGAACCUCUUUACUCGAGAUGUUGGAUUGAUGCUAAACUACCUCUUGAAUCCUUUUUCUUGUUUUCUUUAUAAACAUAAUACCCUAAGAGUUUUGUUUUGGUACUUUGAUGAUAUGAUCUUACACUAUGGAAGGGUCUCAUCUUAGUGACGUUUUGUUACAGUUUUUUACUGCUUUUUUUCCUCUUCCAUUUAAAAAUGACUUUUUCUUUGUUUUGUUUGAGUCAUGAUCAUUACAGGUUUAGCUUUUGUUUCUUGUAAUAUUUUAACUUGACAACAGUUAUUUUCAGUUCGGUUCGAAACCACAGGCCUAAUAAUAAUUGAAUGUCAAAC